AUGACUUCUCAAUGUCAUCAGAAUCUAACGUACUUUUCGAUAAACAUCAAUGACCCUCAAUCACUCGACACUAUUUUAAAUCUACCAUAUGAGACAAUCAAUGAUGAUGUUGAAAGAAUUGGCAGACUACCGAAUAACGACACUAUUGCAUUGAAAGGAGGUAACGAUAUCAAGAGAAACGACGGGAUAACUGGAACCAUUAAUUUCGAGUGGAGAUUUGAUAAAAUGAAUCUGACAAUGGUGGUUUCUCGGAUUGAAUAA